GCUAGUUAAAUCCCCAAAUAAUCCAAAAACUUCCUGUUUCUUUGCGUUUAGAUUUCCACUAAAUAACACCAAAAGAAAACAGGACAUGGACUCUAGUAUGCAUGAGGCCUUGUUGCUCUCAGAGACGGAGGAACAAGCUGAAAAACAUUACGAAAGGGCCAUUACAACCACACAGCCAGGGACACUGUUCUCUCCCACUCCCAUUGUUGUACAGACAGACCGCAGGGAGAGUGCUGAUCUGGCCUGGAUAAUCGGAGUCCUCACCUGCUGUUGCUGCAAUGUAUUACUAGGACUCGGCGCCAUUUACUGUGCAAACGAGGCAAUCGAUUCUUUCAAUGAACGGAUGUUUGACAGUGGAAUUACUCUUCGGAGAUUGUCGUACUUCUUCAGUCUUCUUGCCUUUGUGGCGGGAAUACUUACUAUUUACUUUGUGGUGGUACGUUUUGAUCUGGGGCUGGCGUAAUAAGACAAGAAAUGUCCGAGAGUUUGUCUCUAGACUCUCCAUACUACUAGGAGAAUGAAGAAUCAAUGCACAGAAGAAGAGGUGGCCAAUAGGCCUCCAGUUAAAUUUAAUGAUGCAAUAAUGAAAUUAUCAAAUACCAGUCUGAAGUUUAAGAAGUCUCUUCAAGAGAGAUUUUGUAAAGGUUUUUCUAUUUAAAAAUUCUAAAUUAUAUUUGAUGUUCAGAAUUUGAUAAAUCUGUUCAUGAUGUUACAUUACAGAAAAUUAUAACUUUUUAAAUGGAUGACAAUUUUGUUUUCCUGUCAUAUUUGCCCUGGCUAUACCCGUCAUCGCAGUAAAAGAAGGAUAUGGAGGUAACGAACAGUAUUCAACUUCAAAGUCCAUCAAACAAUACAAAAUAGGAGCCGAAAAAGCACGGACCUCCUAAACAUCAGAGGUGGGAUCAGACGCCGCCUUGGAGGAGUGAGCAUCUCCUGAAAUAACGGAAAAAUCCGUCGUCAAUUCAAAGUAUAAAUAAUGGACUAAUAAUAAGUAUGAAAAACGUCAGUCAGCAUUUAACUUCAUGAUAAAUUGUAUUUGCUGACAAGGUGAUUGUAUCGACCAUAGAACUUACGAAAUGAUGACAUUA